AUGGGGAACCAAUCAGGGCCCCCUUUACCCCUGUUACCCCCCAGCCCCCUUUACCCCUGUUACCCCCCCAGCCCCCUUUACCCCUGUUACCCCCAGCCCCCUUUACCCUGUUACCCCCAGCCCCCUUUACCCCUGUUACCCCCCCAGCCCCCUUUACCCCCCCAGCCCCCUUUACCCCUGUUACCCCCAGCCCCCUUUACCCCUGUUACCCUCCAGCCCCCUUUACCCCUGUUACCCCCCAGCCCCCUUUACCCCUGUUACCCCCCAGCCCCCUUUACCCCCUGUUACCCCCAGCCCCCUUUACCCCUGUUACCCCCCCAGCCCCCUUUACCCCUGUUGCCCCCUUUACCCCCUGUUACCCCCCCAGCCCCCUUUACCUCCUGUUACCACCCCAGACCCCUUUACCCCUGUUACACCCCCAGUCCCCUUUACCCCUGUUACCCCCCAGUCCCCUUUACCCCUGUUACCCCCCAGUCCCCUUUACCCCUGUUACCCCCAGCCCCCUUUACCCCCUGUUACCCCCCUGUUACCCCCAGCCCCCAUUACCCCCUGUUACCCCCCCCAGCCCCCUUUACCCCCUGUUACCCCCCCAGCCCCCUUUACCCCUGUUACCCCCCCAGCCCCCUUUACCCCAGCCCCUUUACCCCUGUUACCCCCCAGACCCCUUUACCCCUGUUACCCCCAGUCCCCUUUACCCCUGUUACCCCCAGCCCCCUUUACCCCCUGUUACCCCCCAGUCCCCUUUACCCCUGUUACCCCCCAGCCCCCUUUACCUCCUGUUACCCCCCAGACCCCUUUACCCCUGUUACCCCCCAGCCCCCUUUACCCCUGUUACCCCCCAGCCCCCUUUACCUCCUGUUACCCCCCAGACCCCUUUACCCCUGUUACCCCCAGCCCCCUUUACCUCCUGUUACCCCCCAGCCCCCUUUACCCCCUGUUACCCCCCCAGCCCCCUUUACCCCCAGCCCCUUUACCCCUGUUACCCCCCCAGACCCCUUUACCCCUGUUACCCCCCAGUCCCCUUUACCCCUGUUACCCCCAGCCCCCUUUACCCCUGUUACCCCCAGUCCCCUUUACCCCUGUUACCCCCCAGCCCCCUUUACCUCCUGUUACCCCCCAGACCCCUUUACCCCUGUUACCCCCCAGCCCCCUUUACCUCCUGUUACCCCCCAGACCCCUUUACCCCUGUUACCCCCCAGCCCCUUUACCUCCUGUUACCCCCCCAGUCCCCUUUACCCCUGUUACCCCCCAGCCCAGGUGACCUAUUCUCUAAUCUGUCUGAGAGAUGGCUGUACCCCCUCUAGCCCCAGGGUCAGAGCACCCAGCUGUACCCCCUCUAGCCCCAAGGUCAGAGCACCCAGCUGUACCCCCUCUAGCCCCAGGGUCAGAGCACCCAGCUGUACCCCCUCUAGCCCCAGGGUCAGAGCACCCAGCUGUACCCCCUCUAGCCCCAGGGUCAGAGCACCCAGCUGUACCCCCUCUAGCCCCAGAGUCAGAGCACCCAGCUGUACCCCCUCUAGCCCCAAGGUCAGAGCACCCAGCUGUAUCCCCUCUAGCCCCAGGGUCAGAGCACCCAGCUGUACCCCCUCUAGCCCCAGG